AGCACGCACGCUACGUUCGACCCUCCUCGGUAAAGAUUUGCACUUUGUUAAAAAACACGGAUCUCUAAUGAACCCAGUGCACGGACAUUGUACUUAGUAAACUAAACUGAAGAUGCCAGCGCAAAGUGUACUUAUAAGAGAUUCCUCUUUUCUGACGAGGGCACUGCAGCAGUACUUGAGUUUGUUAAAGAAAUAUCCAAUCCUUACCAAAUCGGUUACGAGUGGUAUUCUCUCUGCUUUGGGAAAUCUGCUGUCUCAAGCUUUGGAGUACAGGAAAAGCAACAAAGAAAAUAGCCCAAAAAAGAAAAUCAAUGUUCUGGGACCCUUACACUUUGCAGUAUUUGGACUUUUUAUCACAGGUCCAGUCAGUCAUUACUUCUACCAUCUCCUGGAGGUGCUGUUUCCAAACACGGUCCCAUACUGCCUGAUCAAGCGCCUGCUGCUGGAACGUCUUAUAUUCGCUCCUGCUUUCCUCUUGCUCUUCUAUGUGGUUAUGAAUGCUUUGGAGGGCAAGAGUCUCGCAGAUGUUCAAAACAAACUUAAAACAAGUUUCUGGCCUGCGAUGAAGAUGAACUGGAAAGUUUGGACCCCGAUUCAGUUCAUCAAUAUCAACUAUGUACCUGUACAGUUUCGAGUGCUGUUUGCAAACCUGGUUGCUUUAUUCUGGUACGCCUAUCUAGCCUCGGUCAGGAAAUGAAAGCACAAAACCGGCUACAGCAGGCCUUGGUUAAAUCCAGUUUGUGCCUUUAAUGGACUGCUGCGCAUCGGAUACGUUUUAAAUGUCUUCCAGUAAAAACUGACGGGGAAUAUUGGUCGGUUUCUGGAAAAUAACUUGUGAUGUGGAUCAGUAAUGAGAUUUUACUGCUACUUGCACUGACGGUUAAUGAAUUGUUGAUGUUUUAUGAAUCAUUUAAGAAAAAAAUCUGCUUGUGGAAGCACCUGACAAUAAUGUCAUUACUUAGAAUAUAUUGAGCACAAAAUUAUUUUAGCAGUUACUAAUGCUAGAGUUAUUAUCUUCACUGUGAGUUAAUGUACAUAUAUAGCAAUGGUCUUGCUAAUAUACUUUGUAUAAUUUCAUAGCCUGAUAGAUGCAUACAAUAUUGUUUUAAUGCACUUGGUUUAAAAUAAUUACCAGCACACACACCAAUAAAAAAUGUAUUACAAAUAUUAUUUCACCUAAUAAUAUGAUUUAAAGGCUCUUUACUGUUUGCCAGUGUUUUAAAGAGGGUUAUUUUGUUGUAUUUAAAAUGUGAAGGGCACAUUUCACUCUGCAUUUAUAGCAGAUCUAAUGUUAAGAAAUAAAAUAUACUUAUUCCUUU